GCAAGGAAGCUACGUUUGAAAGCAGUGUGGCGGUGGUAGGCAGGGAUGGUGGAACAGCUUACGCUGAAGUCUAGCAGUGUUCUCAAAACCCAGUGAUUGUUUUCGUAAGGUUCCGACGUCUUAUGAAACUAAUGAUGGAGACUUCGAGCUCUGUAAGAAGCAAAAUUGAGAAAAUAUCGCAUCUCUUGGGGGAAAUAAUCCCCAUGAGACUUACCACUGUCAGGGGGACAGAGUCUGUCCUCUGAGAAAUUGAAGAUUGAUUAAUGUGGACGUGUACUUUCGAGUCCUUUCUCAGACUGAAAUCAGUGAAAAUGGUAAUACCCAGGACACCUGUACUUUUCCUCCAGCUAUGGUAAAUACUUCUGAGGCCUUCUAUGAAAGACUUGCUUCAUUUGGGCCUGGAUGCUGGGGAGUGAGAGAGGUGACCCCGUUGGAGUUUGCACUUUAUGGAUGGAAAAUCAUUCAGCCAGAUGUUGUACAGUGUGGCACAUGCAAGCAGGUAGUCUGUGCUACCCUUCCUUUCCCCACUGAUAGGCAUGCCUACAGCAUGUUUCUUGAGAAAUUGAAGAAACAAGUGAUUGAUGGUCACCAUGAAGUCUGUUGGUGGCGACACAAUCCUUGCCCCCUUCACUUGGCUCAUCCACCUCAACUUGCCACUCUGGAAGACCUGAAGAAUUUAUCCAAUUUGGCGCACAUCCUUGAGAGUCUUGAUUCUGCAUUGCCCCAUAUAGAUAUCCCUACUUUCAUGGCACAACUGGGUGUUGAUGAUAAGCUCUUGGGAAAAUUACAAUCCACAGAGGACAUGUCUGUUGUCAAAAUAACAGCUAUACUUCUUACAUUGAGUGGGUGGUCAAGAGGCCCAGGAGCUUUUCUCAGGUGUAAAGGCUGCUGCAGAUCUGUAGGAUUGUGGAGUUUCGUGACACAAGCUGAGGCUAAGCUAGAAGGACCUACCUUAAGGUCCUUUGAGAUACCAGGACUUGUUUCAAGAAAGCAUGGCACCAGUGACUCUGAGAAUUCAGAAGAAGGUGGUGUCUUUGUAAGCCCAGAGCCUGAGGAUACUCAGUCUCAAUGGCGAAUGAGGUUAAGAGAGAGACGGGUGAGUGAGCAGAGCUCCUCUGAAGAGCUACAUCCACGCAGAAGGAAGGGAAGUGAAAGAUCGAGAAAGGGCAGCACCAGUAGCCAGAUGGAUGCCAAAGAGGAACCCUUUGUCAUUGAUACUCCUCUUAUUAAAAAACAAAAGGUGGUCCAAUGUGCCAAGCUUGUCGGAGUCACGGUGGAUGACCAGCUGACCUGGAAGCAGCAUGUCGCCAGCACCGUAAGAUCAGCUACCUACAGGCUGUAUAUGCUGCGCAGACUCAGGUCGCUGGGGACGCCGACAGAUGAGUUAAGGGAGGUGUACCUCACCUUCAUCCUCCCCAAACUUAUGUACACCUCCCCAGCGUGGUCCUCCUCUCUCACACACACUCAACAGCUACAGCUAGAGAGUGUGCAGAAAAGGGCGUGCAGGGUCAUCCUUGGCCCUGCCUACACAACCUAUGAAGAAGCCCUGACCACCCUGAGUCUGUCCAGACUAUCCACCAGGCACUGAGAGGCUCUGGAGAAGUUUGGAAGGGGACUACUGCAUCAUCCACGUCUCAGACACAUGCUGCCUCCUGACGCGCCUUGCUCGGUCCGUGCCACCAGACACCACAACAAGAUAACGCCCCUAAAGGCACCGCGCACGGACCGGUACAGACUCAGCGCAAUUCCCACCGUGGU